AUGGACCCUGGUGAAUAUGAGACUAAUACCUUGUUGAUUAACAAUGUCUCCUCCGUGGCCUUCAAGAUCUACGAACCAGCACCGCCAAGCUCCUCCCCAUAUACGUUCGCCGCCUCCGAUGUCGAGAGUGCAUUAAGGAAUGAAGGUCAUUUGGUCUACGCUGAUCCGCUACGCCGCGCAAUAUGGUGCUUCUGGCUUGGACGGGGCGAUGAGUCGCCUCUCGGGGAUUUGUCGCCUGGAGCGAACCUCCACGCCUGCGGUCACAACCUCGCCAUGGUCGAAGAAGGCAUGCUUGAACCUGUCAGCCUGUUCAAGAAUCGUAUCAUGACUCCCAAUGCAAUGAGCACGCCGAGCAGCUCUUCACCAAGCGGAUCCGGUGUGGAUAUGGGGCUGCGACCUCCAACUACCCCUGGAGGCAUUAUGACCUCGGGUGGCCUCGCCUCAGAGGCAGACGUGAAGUCCAGUUUUGGAUAUACAGUGGACCUGAAGAGCUAUGGCGCUAUAUCUCCGAAGGACAUCCACGAAUACUUUGUUGCCUCGGUUCUUGGGAGCUUGUCACACAGAUUUUGUUCCAAAACUGGUGCGAUCCCCCUUGACUCCAAGUCGUUCAUCCUUCCUUCUGAAGGGGGCUUUGCAGAUCACGAGUCUUCUCAGACCCCGGCUCCUUCAAUCUUCGCAUCUCUCCGUGUACACCUCACAACGACCGGAUCGCUCCUCAUUGGCAUCUCUUUAACUGUUGUUGAAGGCAUUUGGGCUGGCAGUGAUGGUCUGAGUGCACCUCCACAUAUGAGCGGCAGCACUGUGCUAGCUGCACCUUUAGGGAUGUUUGGGACCCUACCGGCUUCGAGCGACGUCGACCAAUACUCAGUCGACGGCAGCAUUGCGCAAUCUCCCGAUACGCAAGUCACGCGAUACAGGGCAGAUGUGGAUGGUAGAUCCAGCCAUUGGCGAAGCACUUGCUGCAAGUUGCUCGAGAUGCGAGGCAUAUCGUCAGCAACAUUGAGCAAAUCCUCCUGGAUCAAUAUACAAUUCCUUCGACGGAAGCCAAACGAGUUGAGGACAGACGGCAAGCGAACGCCCAUGGUUAACCCGCACGCACAACUCAUGUGGCCGGCGGCGCUGUGCUAUAGAAAACGGACGAGAAAGCCCGUCAUCAUACAAAACAGCUUCGAGUUGGGCCAUGCCAGCGCCAAAGAUGAGUUCGACGCAUUGAAGAGCGCUCAGCAUUGGUUCCUGAACAACACGGAGAGAGAAGACCUCUUGUCCACCAGGAAGAAGGAGAGAGAAGCAGCAACCUCUUCGAAGGAAUCAGGCGAGACAGACUCCCGUCUGCUCCAUAGCGGGCUGUCCCCCAACGCUCCGCGCCGGACCAGCAAUCCAGGCGCGGCAGGCGGUACGAUGUAUCCUACCCCUCCUGAUGGUGUGCAAAAUGCCACGGGCAUCACCCCUACCAUUGAUGGCACUACAUCAAGCCCUGGAAAUCCGGUUCCUUCAACUGCCAUGGUUGACAUUGAUACAUCUAUGACAGUGCCCGGGGGUUUGACGGAUGCAUUCGGUGACGCUUGGGAGGGAAGCGAGAUCAAACGCGAGCAGUCCUUCAACCAGGAGAACUGGGACUUGAAUAACGAUGUAUUUGUUGACAACGACAUUACGGACGCCGACUUUAAUUUCUUCGACGACGAAAAUCCCACCGGCAUGGAUGCCAACAUCUCAGAACUGCCCGACAUGGACACUGGACCAUCAAACAUCGACUCUUCCCAACCGCCUAGUAUACCUGAGCCCCAGCAACCUCCUCCACAACAAGAUCCAAUCAAGAUAGAGCCCCCGUCAGCUCAACCCGUCUUUGCAAAGCCGGAGUUGAAGCAUGCCAGAAGCAUUCUGGAGCGAAACCGGGAUCAUGCCAAGGCAGGCCCUUCGAAUGGCAUCAAGAGACAUCCAAGUCCCUUCGACCCUGCAACUGUUUACAAAAAGCUGAAACUAUCCCUCGCCCCCAGUAUAAGCCCUAUCACGUCUUCGACGCGUCGAGGAAGUGCCUUCGACAAACUCGAUUUCGACAGGUCUUUUGCUGCGGUCAACAAGAAAUACGAGCAUAAUGGGCGGUUCGAUUUUCGAGAGGAAGAACAGACAAGCGACACGCCUCCCAGAACGGGAUCACCUCCUACGACCGGCUACUUGCAGCGGCAUGGCAAAGCUCGGACGACACUCAAAGAACUACCGGCGAACCUUGGUUCUCAAGUAGCAGGGAUGGCAGCGGCUGUGAAUAGUCGUAUGACUGCAUCGGAAGCUGCUCACGCCGACGAGUCGACUUCUGACGCCGAUGACAUUAGUCUCGUAUCCGAUCAAGACGAUAUGAGUGACUUCUCGGAUGAACCAUCUUCUCCCACCAAAGCUAGCAUUCAGCGCCGACGAUUCGCGGAUGACAACGAGUCCGUGGCUGCUUCGACGAGAGACUUUGAGGCUAUGGAUGAGCUUGCGUUCAAUGCGGAUCUCUCCAAGCUCUCGAUCAGUAAUUCCCCGGAAAGUACAGUUGCGCGCUACUUUGCAGACCCAGAACCUAUCAUGCCACGAGUACCACUCUCUGACGAGGAAUACAUUAUGGUUGCCCAGAUUCUCACAGAGCAGGCCGUUUCUGGUUGUCUGAACUACGCGUUGAAUGGGCUGAUGCAUACUGGUCUUGAUCUAUCAAGGCCGCAACGUAAGAUGAUGCGAGGUCUACGCAGCUCAGUGCACGCACUUCAAACGAUACUGCCACCCUGCCUGCAAAGUGCAACAACAUGUCAGCUCCGUCAGCUUGUCGAUACGCAAGACGUGCCAUUGUUGGCCGCACCUAGUCGCAUACAGCCUCGACCACCGGGCGGUGGGCCAGAACAACGUCCAAGCCUGGUGCAGAUAGCUCCGCCGCACCUCGAACUCCGCAGGUACGAGACCAAGCUCUCCGUCUUACCCUCCGCGGUGAACUUCUGGGAAAGCCUUGGCCUUGGCCCAUCUCAAGGUUCCAAGGACGUUCACUCGGUCUGCGUCUUCCCAAACUUGGAUGGUAUGGCAGACAGCGCAGGCAUCUUUCUGGAUCGCCUCAGCAAUGUCUACGAGUCGUUAAAGCUAGGAAGCUUUGACCGUAUGCCCUCAUCACCCAACGUACCGAAUGGGCUUUUGCCCUUUGAGGUCGACAAGACGACCAACGCCCCGACUACCUCACAAGGCUCACGAUCUGGUCAGCCACUUGUGGAUGAUAUGGCCAAACUCGCAGUUGCCAUAUUCAACACGACGUCUGUGUCCAAGAACUUUGUUGUGUUCUUUGUGUACACGCCCGAGAACCCUGGCACGAUCGUCGAGUCCUGUCUGGCUUUUCAGCGGAUGUUUGAACUGUACAGACGAGCCUUGACGGAACGGAAGAAGCCGGCACAAAACGAGUUGGUGCUGCAGCUGGUUCCCUUGAAUUUUGUUGGUACACCGACGUCAAUGGUGGUUUUGUCACCAGGUGACUGUAUACGGAUAUGUCUUGAGGUGUAUGAUCGAUGCACUUUGUUUGGAGGGCCGAUGCCCUCGCCUGCCAUCGUUCUUGAGCAGCAGCCGGUCACCUCAGGCAUAAGCUUUCAACUGAGGAACCCCCCAUCCCCCAAUGUGCUGCAAGAGAACUCAGUCAUGCAUAUCGCGUAUGCACAAAGUGUCGAUGAUAGGUGGAUAACUACAGCAUGGACGGACAACCGCGGCUGCAAGCAGAUGACAGCAUCAUACUGCCUGGGGCGGAAAGGCAGACCACUCUCAAGAUCCUUUGCUGACAUUGCUCACGAGAUCUGGGCAACAACCCAUGAUCUUACAUCCAUAUGGAAAGUUCACUGGCGCAUCGUCAUCACCAAAAUAGGCGUCAUGGAUCCAGCAGAGAUCAACGAGUGGAUCACACUGGCACAGAAAGAAUCAAAGUCCUCGUUUAGCCUCGUGCUACUGACGGUCGACACGAACCCGUCGUUGCAGCUGGUACCCAGCGUCCCCAAGACAUCUAUGGCAGGACAGGCUACCUUUUACUCAACACCAGUCUCCACGCCUCAGCCUGCAACGAUGUCUCCAGAAGCAGUCGGCAAUCCGUCGACACCCAAAGGCGCCCCGACCUCUACCAACGUCUCUACUCCUGUAGCAGACAACAACGCAGUCGAGGCCGAUACUGACGCCACUCUUGUGGAUGUGUCGGACACGACCUGGGGUGCGGUGCUCUCGCACCGUCUGAAUACGUCCUGCUCGCUCACAGACCCAACCCCAGCGCUCAUCAGUGGCUACCUGAUCAGGCGCGGCGGAUUGCGUGCAGACGACCCACCUACAGUUAUGGAGGUCAAUGUGAUCCACUGCGAGGGUAACCCGCGUGUUCUCGAGUUGCUGCUGCGGGAGAUGCUGUCUGUCUUCCGGGGCCUGGGAACGAUCGCGCGGGCCAGGUCUGUGACGGAGAAGGAGGGCGAUGUCCGACCGUGGCAUGUGGCUGCGGUAGAGAAGGGACUCAGGGCAUUGUAUCAGCUGAUGUGAGAUAGCUGUGCAAGCGACCUGUACGAUAAACGGAUAGACUGGUGGGCUUCGCUCUACUUUAAGAAUGAAUUUGAUUACAUCGCUCUUCGCCGCUCAGCAGUGGGCCAUGGUAUCGGCUUGUUGGCGUAUGGCAUAGGAUGGCAUGGCAUGGCAUGGUUGGCGCUAAGCAUUAAAGUAUAUUUGGGUGUUUGAAUACCAUUAGGACGAAAUAU